AUGGACUUCGUCGGCAAACUCCUCGAAAAAACCCUCGAAAACAAGUUCGAGCACUCGUCCUCGGGCUACUCCGAAAACCCCCAGCCGCAACCCUCCGGCUACGGCGACAGCUACAGCUCCAAUGCCGGCUACGGCGCGCCCCCUCCGCCGCAGGACCUGCCCUACCCGUGGAUCGCGCGCUGGGACGCCCGCGACCAGCGGUACUUCUUUGUGAACGAGCAGACGGGCCAGACGUCCUGGGAACAUCCCGGGUAUGGGGCGCGUCCUGCGUAUGGAGACUCUUACGAGGGCCAGAGCCAGAGUCAGGGGGAGCCGCGCAGCGACCACAGCGGAUGGAAGAUGGCUGGGGGUGCGCUUGCGGGCGUCGCGGUUGGGGCGGCGGGGACGGCGUUGGUGAUGCAUGAGGGGGAGGAGAUUCGAGAGGAUUGGGACCGCGCCGAAGACCGGGUCGAGGAAUUCCCUGAGGAUGCGGCGCGGUGGACGGGCGAGAAGGUCGGCGAGGUCGAGCAGAUCCCCGAGAACAUCGAGCAGGGUUGGGACCGUGCUGAGGACCGCGUCGAGGACGGCUGGGACAAUGCGGUGGAUGAUGUUGAGAAUGCGCCGGAAAACGCGGCCGAAUGGGUAGGCGAGAAGGUGGGCGAGGUCGAGCAGUUUGGCGAUCGCAUGGACAAUGCAUAUGAUCAGGGUGAGGCCGAGGGUCGGAGUGAGUGGUAG